UUUGUCACCCACUUGCCAGAGCCCAACUUUACUGAGCCCAUGCAGCCCCUGCAGCCCCUUACAAACCCUACAUCCCUGGAGGUAAGAAAGACAGCCCACAUACAGUACACAGCCACACAAGUGGCUUGAGAACAGAUCCUGUGAGGGACAUGGGCGGCAGGUAGCCUAUCAGUUAAGAGCGUUCGGACAGUAACUGAAAGUUUGCUGGUUCGAAAUCCCGAGCCGAAUAGGUGAAACAUCUGUUGAUGUGCCCUUGAGCAAGGCACUUAACCCUAAUUUCUCCUGUAAGUUGCUCUGGAUAAGAGCGUCUGCUAAAUGACUAGCUAAAAUGUAACAUUUAAUUAUGAAGAUAGUGCUUUAAAGCAGACGUAGAUUUACAGAAAGUAUUUUUGCUUAUUUCAUUUGACUGAUGAAAGUCCUACAUUUUUCAAUCUCUGAACCAUACAUAUUGUUUGGAUAAAAUGUUGCAACGUACAAAAUGAAGCUGCUAUUAAAUGUCUUAACUAUUGGAAGUCAUUUGGAGGAAAGGUUACAGUGGGGGGAAAAAAGUAUUUAGUCAGCCACCAAUUGUGCAUGUUCUCCCACUUAAAAAGAUGAGAGAGGCCUGUAAUUUUCAUCAUAGGUACACGUCAACUAUGACAGACAAAAUGAGAAAAAAAAUCCAGAAAAUCACAUUGUAGGACUUUUAAUGAAUUUAUUUGCAAAUUAUGGUGGAAAAUAAGUAUUUGGUCAAUAACAAAAGUUUCUCAAUACUUUGUUAUAUAUCCUUUGUUGGCAAUGACACAGGUCAAACGUUUUCUGUAAGUCUUCACAAGGUUUUCACACACUUGCUGGUAUUUUGGCCCAUUCCUCCAUGCAGAUCUCCUCUAGAGCAGUGAUGUUUUGGGGCUGUCGCUGGGCAACACGGACUUUCAACUCCCUCCAAAGAUUUUCUAUGGGGUUGAGAUCUGGAGACUGGCUAGGCCACUCCAGGACCUUGAAAUGCUUCUUACGAAGCCACUCCUUCGUUGCCCGGGCGGUGUGUUUGGGAUCAUUGUCAUGCUGAAAGACCCAGCCACGUUUCAUCUUCAAUGCCCUUGCUGAUGGAAGGAGGUUUUCACUCAAAUUCUCACGAUACAUGGCCCCAUUCAUUCUUUCCUUUACACGGAUCAGUCGUCCUGGUCCCUUUGCAGAAAAACAGCCCCAAAGCAUGAUGUUUCCACCCCCAUGCUUCACAGUAGGUAUGGUGUUCUUUGGAUGCAACUCAGCAUUCUUUGUCCUCCAAACACGAGUUGAGUUUUUACCAAAAAGUUCUAUUUUGGUUUCAUCUGACCAUAUGACAUUCUCCCAAUCCUCUUCUGGAUCAUCCAAAUGCACUCUAGCAAACUUCAGACGGGCCUGGACAUGUACUGGCUUAAGCAGGGGGACACGUCUGGCACUGCAGGAUUUGAGUCCCUGGCGGCGUAGUGUGUUACUGAUGUUAGGCUUUGUUACUUUGGUCCCAGCUCUCUGCAGGUCAUUCACUAGGUCCCCCCGUGUGGUUCUGGGAUUUUUGCUCACCGUUCUUGUGAUCAUUUUGACCCCACGGGGUGAGAUCUUGCGUGGAGCCCCAGAUCGAGGGAGAUUAUCAGUGGUCUUGUAUGUCUUCCAUUUCCUAAUAAUUGCUCCCACAGUUGAUUUCUUCAAACCAAGCUGCUUACCUAUUGCAGAUUCAGUCUUCCUAGCCUGGUGCAGGUCUACAAUUUUGUUUCUGGUGUCCUUUGACAGCUCUUUGGUCUUGGCCAUAGUGGAGUUUGGAGUGUGACUGUUUGAGGUUGUGGACAGGUGUCUUUUAUACUGAUAACAAGUUCAAACAGGUGCCAUUAAUACAGGUAACGAGUGGAGGACAGAGGAGCCUCUUAAAGAAGAAGUUACAGGUCUGUGAGAGCCAGAAAUCUUGCUUGUUUGUAGGUGACCAAAUACUUAUUUUCCACCAUAAUUUGCAAAUAAAUUCAUUAAAAAUCCUACAAUGUGAUUUUCUGGAUUUGUUUUUCUCAAUUUGUCUGUCAUAGUUGACGUGUACCUAUGAUGAAAAUUACAGGCCUCUCUCAUCUUUUUAAGUGGGAGAACUUGCAGAAUUGGUGGCUGACUAAAUACUUUUUCCCCCCCACUGUAUCUGUGCUUAUGGUGGAAAAAACAAAACAUCUUAGUUGUCUUUCCAGCCUAUGUGGGUUGUCUGGCAACCCCCAAUGGUGCACUGCAGAGGAAAGAAACUGAUUUGGCAAACAGAAGCUGCAUCCAGCAUGCUAUGUAGCGAGCACUAGGUUAUUUUAAUAUAUAGCGAGAAAUCAUAUCUGUAUCUUGAUAAUUUGGCAAAACUACCAAGAAUGUUGUUCAGUUCUGUUAACAGAGGAACUGUUGAUAUUUUAAGAUUACAGAUGAACUUCAUUUUAGUUUAAAUUAAAUUAUUUAUUUGAUCACCAGCCAAGAUUCUUCUAUUUUACAGUGUUGUGCAUCAAUUUGUUUCUCUAUACUAUCCUGAAAUCUCUACACCAACCAUUCCUUACCCUUAACUCAAUUAAAGUUUUAUCAAGGCCUUGAUCCAACUGUAAAACUAUUUUGGCCUCCCACCAUGCACCAUAUCAUACAGGCAGCCAAAAUAUCAUAUGACAUCUCUUCUCAUCCUUCUCUACUGGCCUCAAGUUAUGGCUCAGCUAAAAUUCCAAACUCUACUUUUAGUUAGUAGGAAUGCACCUAAUGUAGAGGAGAGUGGGGUAAGUUGAGCCAUUUUUGACAUUCAGCAUCACUACGUCAAGGGAAAUAUAGUAUUCGUUCAAACAAAGAGAUCUGCAUAUAUUUCAGGAGGUUGUGUAUCCCUGGAAAUAAUCAGAAUUUAUGUAAACAUAACAGUUUUGAAAACCAUAGCUUGUCCAAAAAAAGUGGUCUCUUGGCACAACUUACCCCGAGUAUGGGGUAAAUUGAGCAUAGGGACAGGGUAAGUUGAGCCACCUUGGAGUAAGUGGGUGAAGGUGUCCUGUUACAGUGGAUGAUGGUGCUUGUAGGUCAAAGUUUAAUUCAUGGAAUGGGGGUGUGGUAUAUUGUAUAACUGAAAUGCACAGUAUGCCUACAUUCAGAUCAAGAUCUUUCUGUUCAAUAUCACUUACCCUUCCGUUUUUUGUAGUGCUGAGCAUUUAACUGUCAUUUUUGUUAUUUUUUGUUUUUUAAACAACUAUUAUUUGAAAUACAUUAUGCAUAAAACGAACUAAAUGUAAUCAUAAUUUGUAUGUUGAAUUGUGGCCAUUGGCUCAAUUUACCCCAAGGCAAACAUUUGGACUAUAUUAAGGAUGCACUUUCAUGCUAGGUUUAGGACCUCAUAUUGUAGCUUAUAGAGACCCCAACUGAUGUAUAAAACAAUCUUAAAACGGUCUACUUUGGUUUAGAUAGAAGCAUCAUGAAACCUAUAACACAAUAAAUUCAUUUGACUUAGUGAAAAUCUGUUUUUUGGAUCUAACUUGCUUACCACCAUGUGGUUUCUUCAUUCACAGGCUCCAUGAAAUGAUGAGCUCUUCCUAAGUAUUUGGUCACAUGAUACAUUUUAUGUAUGGUUUCCUAGAAACAAGGGGUGGCUCAACUAACUCUUUGGCUCAAUUUACCCCACACUCCCCUACCUGUAAUCUUCUAACAAAUCCCAUCUCUGGUCCUGCCACAUAAUCUCGGAUUGCAUAGCUGCUCCUGUGCAGAAUAGACCCCAUGCUCCCUAGCAAUAAGUACACUAUAAAGUUGCUUGUCAUCUCCAGGAAAAUGACGGUAUCGGCUAGACGCCCACCAAUAUCUUUGGCACCCCUAACCAGGAUAACAUUUCAACCGCUGAUCAGUAGCCUGAAGCUCUUCCAUAGACCUAGGGUCAUCCCACAAAUUAAAAGACAGCAGAGGUGCAUACUGUAUCCAGGGAAAGACACACCACUUCCAUUAAGAGCUUGGCAUCCCUAACCUGGAUAGCACUGCCCCCUCCCAUAGCCAUAGCUCAUCCACAGCUGCAACACUGUCUAUCUUGAGUGCACUUGAUCAUGACAUUUGCACUGUUGUGGAUGCGUUUUACACACUCACUUGAGAUUUUUAUCAACUGCUCACCUAACAUUUUCUUUGUCAUUAUUUGAAAGGUGCACUAUGGAGAAAGGAGAAAAGCAUCCUCUUACUGAAAUAAUGUGACUACACUAGUACACUUGCAUGCAAUAUACACUGAUUGUACAAAACAAUAUUGAGUUGUUCAAUUCAUCAGGGCAUGGACUCUAGAAGGUGUCGAAAGCGUUCCACAGGGAUGCUGGCCCAUGUUGACUCCAAUGCUUCUCACAGUUGUGUCAAGUUGGCUGGAUGUCCUUUGGGUGGUGGACCACUCUUGAUACACACGGGAAACUGUUGAGCAUGAAAGAUCCAGCAGUGUCGCAGUUCUUACAUUUUAGUCAUUUAGCAGACGCUCUUAUCCAGAGCGACUUACAGUUAGUGAGUGCAUACAUUUUUCAUUCUGGCCCCCACGGGAAUCGAACCCACAACCCUGGUGUUGCAAGCGCCAUGCUCUACCAACUGAGCUACAGGAGGCUUGACACAAACUGUUGCACCUGGCACCAACUACCAUACCCCGUUCAAAGGCACUUCAAUCUUUUGUCUUGCCCAUUUACGCUCUGAAUGGCACACAUACAGUGGGGGAAAAAGUAUUUAGUCAGCCACCAAUUGUGCAAGUUCUCCCACUUAAAAAGAUGAGAGAGGCCUGUAAUUUUCAUCAUAGGUACACGUCAACUAUGACAGACAAAAUGAGAAAUAAAAUUCCAGAAAAUCACAUUGUAGGAUUUUUUAUGAAUUUAUUUGCAAAUUAUGGUGGAAAAUAAGUAUUUGGUCAAUAACAAAAGUUUCUCAAUACUUUGUUAUAUACCCUUUGUUGGCAAUGACACAGGUCAAACGUUUUCUGUAAGUCUUCACAAGGUUUUCACACACUGUUGCUGGUAUUUUGGCCCAUUCCUCCAUGCAGAUCUCCUCUAGAGCAGUGAUGUUUUGGGGCUGUCGCUGGGCAACACGGACUUUCAACUCCCUCCAAAGAUUUUCUAUGGGGUUGAGAUCUGGAGACUGGCUAGGCCACUCCAGGACCUUGAAAUGCUUCUUACGAAGCCACUCCUUCGUUGCCCGGGCGGUGUGUUUGGGAUCAUUGUCAUGCUGAAAGACCCAGCCACGUUUCAUCUUCAAUGCCCUUGCUGAUGGAAGGAGGUUUUCACUCAAAAUCUCACGAUACAUGGCCCCAUUCAUUCUUUCCUUUACACGGAUCAGUCGUCCUGGUCCCUUUGCAGAAAAACAGCCCCAAAGCAUGAUGUUUCCACCCCCAUGCUUCACAGUAGGUAUGGUGUUCUUUGGAUGCAACUCAGCAUUCUUUGUCCUCCAAACACGACGAGUUGAGUUUUUACCAAAAAGUUCUAUUUUGGUUUCAUCUGACCAUAUGACAUUCUCCCAAUCCUCUUCUGGAUCAUCCAAAUGCACUCUAGCAAACUUCAGACGGGCCUGGACAUGUACUGGCUUAAGCAGGGGGACACGUCUGGCACUGCAGGAUUUGAGUCCCUGGCGGCGUAGUGUCUUACUGAUGGUAGGCUUUGUUACUUUGGUCCCAGCUCUCUGCAGGUCAUUCACUAGGUCCCCCCGUGUGGUUCUGGGAUUUUUGCUCACCGUUCUUGUGAUCAUUUUGACCCCACGGGGUGAGAUCUUGCGUGGAGCCCCAGAUCGAGGGAGAUUAUCAGUGGUCUUGUAUGUCUUCCAUUUCCUAAUAAUUGCUCCCACAGUUGAUUUCUUCAAACCAAGCUGCUUACCUAUUGCAGAUUCAGUCUUCCCAGCCUGGUGCAGGUCUACAAUUGUGUUUCUGGUGUCCUUUGACAGCUCUUUGGUCUUGGCCAUAGUGGAGUUUGGAGUGUGACUGUUUGAGGUUGUGGACAGGUGUCUUUUAUACUGAUAACAAGUUCAAACAGGUGCCAUUAAUACAGGUAACGAGUGGAGGACAGAGGAGCCUCUUAAAGAAGAAGUUACAGGUCUGUGAGAGCCAGUAAUCUUGCUUGUUUGUAGGUGACCAAAUACUUAUUUUCCACCAUAAUUUGCAAAUAAAUUCAUUAAAAAUCCUACAAUGAGAUUUUCUGGAAAAAAAAUUCUCAAUUUGUCUGUCAUAGUUGACGUGUACCUAUGAUGAAAAUUACAGGCCUCUCUCAUCUUUUUAAGUGGGAGAACUUGCACAAUUGGUGGCUGACUAAAUACUUUUUUCCCCCACUGUACAUAAUCCAUGUCGCAAUUGUCUCAAGGCUUAACAAUCCUUCUUUAACCUGUCUUCUCCCCUUCAUCUACACUGAUUGAAGUGGAUUUAACAAGUGACAUCAAUAAAGGAUCAUAGCUUUCACAUGGAUUCAACUGGUCGGGGGGGGGGAUAUAUCUGGAAAAGGGAAGGAACACUCGUAAACUAACACUCACACUGGAUAAGAGCAUCUGCUAAAUGACUCAAAUGUAAUGUAAAUGUACUGACAAUUUAUAUUAACAUGACAUUUAUAAUGAAAACUAAAAAGUUUUAUCCUAUAUUGAUGAUCUCCCAGUUCCUUGCAAAACUGAUAUUCGUCUUGCAUUUUUGUGAAAUAUGAGAUCCUUAUGUUUUAAUGCUCAACACAAGAAUGGAAGCAGCAAUUGGUUUUAAAUGUAACUAUUUAAAGAAGCCUAUGUCAGAGGAACAGUCUCAAAUUGGUUUUACCCUAACCUUAUAGGCCUAUGCCUACCUCAUACAGCGCCUUGCAAAUGUAUUCAUCCCCCUUGGCGUUUUUCCUAUUUUGUUGCGUUACAACCUGUAAUUUAAAUUGAUUUUUAUUGGGGAUGUUUUUCAUCGGCAGGGACUGAGAAACUGGUCAGAAUUGAAGGAAUGAUGGAUGGCGCUAAAGCAACAGUCAAGUGGUUUAAGGGGAAACAUUUAAAUGUCUUAGAAUGGCCUAGUCAAAGCCCAGACCUUAAUGCAAUUGAGAAUCUGUGGUAUGACUUAAAGUUUGCUGUACACCAGCGGAACCCAUCCAACUUGAAGGAGCUGAAGCAGUUUUGUCUUGAAGAAUGGGCAAAAAUCCAUUUUAAUUCCAGGUUGUAAGGCAACAAAAUAGGAAAAAUGCCAAGGGGGGUGAAUACUUUUGCAAGCCACUGUAGAUGUUUUUUAUUCAAGUGUUAUUGAAUUUAUUCAUCCAUUUGAUGCCAUACAUUUCAGAGGCAAUACAUUUGUAUUUAUUUGCAUUUAUUUAUUUAUUCAUUUAUUUUAUUUCAUCUUGAGUAUGUGGUAUUUAAUUAGGCUAUUUACUAAUUUAUCUUCAUUUAUUUAUAUAUUUCAUUUUGAGUACUUUGGUCCUCCAUAAUGUAAUGGGCUUUUACAUUGUGGAUAAGGAGGUCGUGAGAAAAUGUGCAUGAAGAGGGGACCAGGAAGAUGGCGGAAGUGGAUGCUGUGUUCGAAUCAAGCAGUGAGUCGAGCAAAUUUGGUGAAGAUGAAUGCUCUGAAUGGACAACAGUAGUAUUGUAAAACUGGAACAAAAAGGAAAUAGUCUAAAAUUGGAGUGGAGGAUACGUGUGUGAUAUUGAAUCGCUUUUUGUUGGGAUGCAUUUGUUGAGUAAGGAUGCAUACAGUGCCUUCGGUAAGUAUUCAGACCCCUUGACUUUUUCCACAUUUUGUUACGUUACAGACUUUUUCUAAAAUGGAUUAAAUAAAACAUUUCCCACAGCAAUCUACACACAGUACCCCAUAAUGACAAAGCGAAAACAGGUUUUUAGAAAUUUUAGCACAUCUUAUAAAAUAAAAUAAACUGAAAUACCUUAUUUACAUAAGUAUUCAGACCCUUUGCUAUGCCAAUCGAAAUUGAGCUCAGGUGCAUCCUGUUUCCAUUGAUCAUCCUUGAGAUGUUUCUACAACUUGAUUGGAGUCCACCUGUGGUAAAUUCAAUUGAUUGGACUUGAUUUGGAAAGGGACACACCUGGCUAUAUAAAGUCCCACAGUUGACAGUGCAUGUCAGAGCAAAAACCAAGCCAUGAGGUCGAAGAAAUUGUCCCUAGAGCUCCGAGACAGGAUUGUGUCGAAGCACACAAAAAAUAUUGAAGCAUUGAAGUUUCCUAAGAACACUGUGGCCUCCAUCAUUCUUAAAUGGAAGAAGUUUGGAAUCACCAAGACUCUUCCUAGAGCUGGCCGCUCGGCCAAAUGGAGCAAUCGGGGGAGAAGGGCCUUGGUCAGGGAGGUGACCAAGAACCCGAUCGUCACUCUGACAGAGGUCUAGAGUUCCUCUGUGGAGAUGGGAGAACCUUCCAGAAGGACAACCAUCUCUGCAGCACUCCACCAAUCAGGCCUUUAUGGUAGAGUGGCCAGACGGAUGCUACUGCUCAGUAAAAGGCACAUGACAGCCCACUUGGAGUUUGCCAAAAGGCACCUAAAGACUCUCAGACCAUGAGAAACAAGAUUCUCUGGUCUGAUGAAACCAAGAUUGAACUCUUUGGCCUGAAUGCCAAGUGUCACGUCUGGAGGAAACCUGGCACCAUCCCUACGGUGAAGCAUGGUGGUGUCAGCAUCAUACUGUGAGGAUGUUUUUCAGCGGCAGGGACUGGGAGACUAGUCAGGAUCGAGGGAAAGAUGAAUGGAGCAAAGUACAGAGAGAUCCUUGAUGAAAACUUGCUCCAGAGCGCUCAGGACCUCAGACUGGGUCGAAGGUUCACAUUCCAACAGGACAACGAUGCUAAGCACACAGCCAAGACAACGCAGGAGUGGCUUCGGGAUAAGUGUCUGAAUGUCCUUGAGUGGCCCAGUCAGAACCUGGACUUGAACCCGAUCGAACAUCUCUGGAGAGACCUGAAAAUAGCUGCGCAGCAACGCUAUGCAGCAACACUCCCCAUCCAACCUGAUAGAGGAUCUGCAUAGAAGAAUGGGAGAAACUUCCCAAAUACAGGUGUGCCAAGCUUGUGGCAUCAUACCCAAGAAGACUCAAUGCUGUAAUCGCUGCCAAAGGUGCUUCAACAAAGUACUGAGCAAAGGGUCUGAAUACUUAUGUAAAUGUGAUAUUUCUGGGGGUUUUAAAAUACAUUUGCAAACAUUUCUAAAAACCUGUUUUUGCUUUCUCAAUGGGGUAUUGUGUGUAGAUUGAUGAGGGGGGGGAAACAAUUUAAUCAAUUUUAGAAUAAGGCUGUAACAUAACCAAAUAUGGAAAAAGUCAAGGGGUCUGAAUACUUUCUGAAGGCACUGUAUGUGGAAAACCUGUUUGAGAUGUCGAAAAUGGUGGAGUAUGCGCUUGGAAAAGUGGAGUCCAUCAGAGUGACUAGGAGUGGUCUUAUUUUGAAGAGCAGAGGAAGAUUGCAGUGGGCCUCAAAAGAAUCCAGACAACAUAAGUUUUGUGUUUUGAUCUUUGGAGCAGGGACGGCCUGUUCAAUAGGGCGAUAUGGGCGACGCACUGCCAAACGGGAAAAGGAAGGGAUUUUUUUUCUAAUCAAUUAUAUCACGGCAACAGUAGUUAUCAGUGUUGUAAUCUAUACGUCUGAUCUGCCACAGUGCCACACUGCCACUAAAUGUCGAAUCAGGCUAAAGUCGUGCUUCAAAUGGCUCCACCCCCUUUUGGGGCGAUUUCAGUCAGAUUGAAAAUCGCCCAGAACUUCUGUCAUAGACUCCCAUGUAAAAUCUAUUUUUUUUCAAAUUUCAGAGCCUUCAAUACAAUCUCAAUGGGUGUCUGUGGGCUUGCACUUACGCGCUUUCGUCAUACGUUACGUAACCAUGAACGUAACUGAGAAAAGAGUGGAUUGUUUGAAAGAAGUUCCUUUUUGUCGGCGAACAUAUGAAGAUAAAUUGGCAACGAAACAAUUAGGACCUCCCAGACCAAAUUUAAUAAUUCAACAGGUUUCUACUAAAGGCGGAAAGUCCUACACCCGAGGAUUUUCCAAAAAUUGGUACGAACGAAAAAAGACAUUGCCACUCACUCAACUGGAUGACGAGGGAUACAGGCUAGCUGUCCGCCGCCACAACGAUGAGGUUAGUGUUGAUAAUCACAAGUUUACUGGAUGUGGAUAUGGUGUAAUAAAGGCAGUUUAUUCAGAGGUAAAUAUAUCUGGAAUCGCGUUCACGGACCCGUUCGUCAAACUCUUAGGGAGCUAUAAAUUAAGCCCCAUUACUUACCAUAUCAGAUAAGAGAAAUUGCUGCAGCUACAUAUAUUUUACAUCCUGGCCCUACAUAGUUCACUAUUUGCAUCACUUACCAAAAUAUUACAUGUGGUCAUAUAUGCUUGGAAAGUGGAGAUGCCAUAGAACGUCAAAAAAGUAAACAUUGCUGGAGACACAUUGCCGUUUUGGAGAAGACAUCGCGUUUGCUAGCGAAGAGAUUUGUUGUGGCAAAUGAACUUGGGCUGGGAAUUGCCAGGAACCUCACGAUAAGAUAUAUGCAUCAGCAUUGCGAGUCUCAUGAUUCUAUACGUAUUGCGAUUCGAUACUGUGAUUUUAUUGCGCACCAUAUGUCUGUUGCAGAGGGAUCAGAAAGCCAUGAGAACGAGUUUUGAUCAGUCAUGGAAAUAAAAGUGCUGAAAACAAAUUGGCUCCCAAUGUGAAAAGAUUGAGAACAAGCUAUGAAGGAACAAUAAUGGUGUUUUGGUGCAGGUACAGCCAACUAGCGCUAAAAUAUUGCGAUAUUGUCAAUACAGUAUAUCGUAAAGUAUCACUAUGUAACUCGAUUUCUUUCACCCCAAUCCCUCAAAUUAACGGUAAAUAACUGAAUUGUUUGCCCCACAUUUAGCUAAGAUGAUUAGCUAGCCAGCUAAAAUGUUUUAGUUAGUUAGCAGUCGCAUCUACAAUAGUUUACUGUCAAUAACAUGUCUCCAAAAAUGACGUGGUGUCUCCAAUUGUGUUGACAUUUUACAAUUGCAAUGCGCAUCCAUGAGUAUCCACUUUCUGUAGCUCAGCUGGUAGAGCAUGGUGCUUGUAACGCCAAGGUAGUGGGUUCGAUCCCCGGGACCACCCAUACACAAAAAUGUAUGCACGCAUGACUGUAAGUCGCUUUGGAUAAAAGCGUCUGCUAAAUGGCAUAUUAUUAUUAUUAUUAUUAUUAUUAUUAUUAUUAUUAUUAUUAUCUGAAGAGAGCCCCGAAACAUUGUGUGCAGACAUUUUAUGCAAUAAAUGAAGUAGGUUCAAUCUAGUAGUUCUGAUCUUCUGAUUGGUCCUGAUGAGUUGGGCGAGGUCCCCUGCAGGCUACUGUCACUGUUGCAUUGGCUCUGAGUCGGGUUCUCUGUCUUCAAAUGUUCAGCCUAAGAGAGGGGAUUUUUGUGUGUGUGUGUGUGUGUGUGUGUGUGUGUGUGUUUAACAGUGAUGAUGUGUGUGUGUGUGUGUGUGUUUAACAGUGAUGAUGUGUGUGUGUGUGUGUUUGUGUGUGUGUGUGUCCUCAGAGCAAGAACUCCUGAGUUGGAAGAACUGAGAGGCCUAUGGCGUGGGUGUUGUCCUUGGCCACCUGCUGACAAGGCUGACAAGAUAGGACCCUUUUGUCCAUUGUUAUUGGAUAGGAACAGAACUUAUAACCAGCUCCUGACCUAAAUAGAUCUUAGCACAACAUUUUACUCAACAUAUCAUAUUCCAUAUUCACUAUAACAAAUAUAUUUACUACGACAUUAGCAAGAACCGCCACAUCCUCAGCCGGCUAAUCCAGUGUGUGAAGUUUUGCGGAGUGUUUGAGUUAGCUUUGCGAGGCAAAGAUGAAACUGAGGGCUCCACCAACCCUGGUAAGCCAACACUUUUGAGAUCAGUCAAUAAAUGCUUCUGGUAUUGACUUAUAUGCUGCCCCUGUCUUCAUGUUGUUGCUGGACAUAUCUUUUUUUAAAUGUGUGUAGGUCACCUAAAUCAUCAGAAAAAUUGCCCCUCCUGAGAAUUUUUUCAGGAGCCGCCACUGCUUUGGAGUAGAGUACCCGUCAAAGGAGUCAUCUCAGGGGUGACGACUGAUGUUCAGGUUGAAUACCUGAAGAGAAUUCCUGGUGUGGUUGGUGCCCGACGUCUCACCCCCUGGGUGAAUGGAGAAAAAGAAAAAGUCUGUCGGUCCUGUUGUUUUUUGAUAAAGACCAAAUACCUACGCAUGUUAAUCUUGGUUACGUAAGAUACGCCGUAAGAGCUUUCGUCCCCCAACCACUGCAGUGUAAGAAUUGUAAAGGAUUUGGCCAUGUUUCAAGUGUGUGCCGAAAAACGGAGUAUACUGAAGAACGGUGUGUAGAAGACGACGUGUUGCAAUUGUGGUGGGGAUCAUGAUCCUGAGUGCCAUGUAAGGGUGAAGGAGAUUGAGGUGGCAAAAGUUAGAGCGGUCAAUCGAAUAUCCUAUGCAGAAGCGAUUUAAAAUAAUCGAGAGAACAAGUGAUGCUAGUGAAGAUAUCGUAGUGGAUGCACCACAGCAUGUAGUAAAUGUUUGCUGGCCGACAAAAUAUACCCUGUGUUAAAAAUAUGGAUUUUGUUGCGUUCAUUGCCACAGUUAUAAACUGAACAGCACAAGUCUCAAAGAAGUCUGUAAGUCGCUCUGGAUAAGAGCGUCUGCUAAAUGACUAAAAAUGUAAAUGUAAAAGUCUAAGAAACCGGACAUUAUUGAGGCUGCGGCAGAAAAGUUUUUGGGACUUAAGGAUUUUACACAUGAAGACAUGCAAGGGGUACUGGUGCCGGAAGACCCGCCCUCCCAUGUUCCCCUUGAGCCUGUGUAGGGAUCAGAUCUAUUGUUUGAUUUAUUUAUUUAAUUAAUUUUUUGUUAGUUUGUUCAUUUUGGGGGGGAAUCCUGUUUCCAUCCCGCAUAGUAGGUUGUGUGAUCGCCAAUAUACUGAAGAAGAAGAAGAAGAAAAAAUGGGCAUGAACCACUUUUGGUAGCAUAGGGGCACCUCGGGGCUUUCAAGAGGUUAUCCCCUUACCCACUUCACAUGAACGACUAUGGUAUAUCCCAACUACAUCGAUUACCUGAACUUACGUCAUCGUCCCAACAAUUCGUUUCAAGCGUCGUAGUAGUCUACUGUGUGUGUGUAUGGUAGGUCACUAAAGUGAACUAUGUAGUACUGGCAGCAGAGAGAGUUAGCAGCCUAUGAAUGUUCACCAGGAUCACUAACUAGAGACAGUUAACCAACCAACAGAUGUAGGUGCUUGGAUAUGAGGCAAAAGAAAGCGACGGUGGAACCGAAAGCUGGCUUCAUCAAUCAUGAAGGAGUUUAAUGAGGUUGUGAGUCUAGCUAACUGGCUAACUAGUCCAACACAAAAGACUUCCACAGCGAUGGAGGGUCUACCCGGGAUUUUGUUGCUUCCAUUCUCGGGUCCUGUAUCUACCGUUUAGAAUUCUCUGUUCUUUUGGAUCGGAAUUAGCGUUAUUUUUCGUUCUAAACAACAUCCACUAUGUCGGACCCAAGUUACUGUACCACAGUGCCAAUCCACAACAAGUCGCAAUUUGUAACAGGAGCGAUGCUAAAACGAUCAAAAAGGUAGGUUGACGUAGUUAUUUAACCAAGCUCAACGGCAACAAAUUAUUGACAUUUUAAUGUGUUUGUAUUGUUACUUUUUAGGCUUUUUUCUUGUAUUGGCCUGGCGUUCUCAGACAAGUCUCUGAAAGAACCCGUCUAUGGUGCAGAUGGACAUCCUAGAUGGACACAUUGACCGCAACAUUUUUGCAUUGUGUCCAUUGCACACAUUCAGGAAUAAUGUAAUACAAAUUUUCUCGUUACGUUGUAACUAAUAACAUAGCUGAUGUUGACGCGUCAUUGGCUCGUAAAUUUGCUUUGCCGGGUUGUUUUUGUUUCAGAGCGUGCAACUAGGUAAACUUGGCCAGUGCAUAGAGAAUUGGCUGUUGUGAAUAUUUAUCGUUUGCUACAGUACAGUUAUGGAAAUGUUUAAGUCUGUAAUAUUGUUUGUUAGAAGGAGAAGGGAACAAAAUCUAAGUACACCUACAGUCCUUGUGAGAUUCAAAACAAUGAUACUAUGCAGAAUAAACACACAUUCCUGUUUCACGGGGCAUUUUGUGUUGUUCACUGCUGUGUCCUUUGCAAACCAUCCUAGAUCUGGUAGGCCUGUGGUCUAUGACAGUAUCUACUCCUCAUUGGUCAGUAAGUGAUGCUAUUCUGUCCUUUUAUAUUGACCCUUAUUGUUCCCCUUCUGCUCAAAUCGAGGAGAUGAUUCACUUGACUCCUCCUCCCAGUCUUUAUCAUAAACUGUCUGUGUCUGUCUGUGUGCCUCCUGUUGAUACACAAAACCUAUGCUUAAAGUGAAAUGCAUGCGUUUCCCCCCUCAUAUUUUGUUGCUUCACAGUUAACAACAAAAUACAUUUGCAAUUGUGUUGCUUUUGGUUAUAUUGAACUGGCAACCUAUUAAAUACUCAAGCACCCCUUUUGUUUUUUACAUCGACCUGUCCUGUUGCUUAUGGCAAGUAUUGGUUGCUGCCUUUCAAAGCCAGUUAAGCGCGUUAAAAGCGGUGCAUCUUUGCCACUCUCAGAAUAGAAACAAACCUGUUUUUGAUUCUCGUUUUUCCACUCUAUGCAUAGACUGGUAUAUUUGUAGUGCUUGAAUACCUUUUUAUGACAUCACUUUUUUGUCAUGUUUGACAAACGUCUUAUUAAUCUGUCCUGUUGUGUUCCAGCCCUGUAAUUCAUUCCCACAAGUGUCAGUCUCUAGUCAUCAUAGGUUUCCGGGCACUGCAGGUUAACAACAACACGAUGCCAACACUGCAUGACGCGGCAUAGCAGAGCUGCUUUGAUAUACUUCUUAAUGGCAGGGCAUAGCAUGGCAGUGACUGUGAGAAUGGUAGACUGACUACAAUAGAUGGAUGGAUGAAGGCCUUGAGUAGGCCACAUCGAUUAUUUAGGUGGGCCUAAACCUUAAUUUGUUGUGAUAUUGGUUGAGGGUAAAUGCUCUUUGGCCUCUGGUUUGUUUCAGUCAAAGGAAUAGGUGUGCCUCUCUUGUCCUUUUGCAAUCUGUAAUAGUAGUCUGUAAUGCUCUCUGGAUGUACUGAAGGCUGUGGACAGAAUGUGUGUGGACACUUCUGUCCUUUUUUUCCAGAAAAUAUUUUCUCUGUGCUACCCUUCCCUGCUGUGUAGGUUGUCUAGCCUGCUAGUAGUUCAUGACUUCUGGAUUUGGGCUACAAAUCCUCAGUCAGUUGUUGCAGCCUGGUUCGGCAGUGUUAGCCUGAAUGUUGCAUAACAAAGGUGAUCUAAUCAUAUGCCAAAGUUUUAUUUUUAUUUUCCCAAAGUGUGUUGAACUAUUCCUGUUAUUUACAAAGCGGCACUAACUCAUGUUUUUAAGCACUGCAAGAUGGAUGACUGAAGUGUUUUGGUGUAGCUGGUGACUGACAUCUCUAUUCCUGUUUGUGUUUCACAGUUGCCGGAGCAGCAACAGGAAGAGUCUUGGUGUGGGGACACCGUCGCCCACUCUGUCACGCCCUCUCUCCCCGCUCUCCGUCCACACCGGUAAGAACCAUCACAGGAACAGAAGUUUGUCUCCAACGUAUUGUUUUUGUGGCCUAUACUACACUAUGUAGACCUAUGCCCUCACAUUGACACAUUUGAAUGUUUCAGAGUAGGCUGUACUACUACGACAUAGCAGGUGCAAAUAUCAAUAUUUUGGAUUUGUCACGGUACCGUUGGGGCCUCAAAGCAUUUGUAGAUUUAUGCUGUGCUGAUUGUGGAAAGGAAGGAGGAGAAAUAAAUCUGAUUUGGCAGGAGAAAAUUCAAAAGUUGGCUCUUCGGUAAAGGGGUGGGUUUUGGUGUUCCCCCUCAGCAUUUGAAUCAAUGGGAGUGUAUAUCACUCGUAGUUGUCAAGCAGGUGCACCCUAUAAAUAGAGUUCUGUACGAGGGCAGACACUCUCUUUCAAGUUAAAUUAUGUUGAGGCUUAUCUUAUUAGGUGGUACAAUUAAGCGUUAAUUUGGUUUACAGUUGCUUAAUUGGUAACAAACCGCUCGCGUAUUAAUGAACUCUUGUGUCUCGAGUACAAAACAAUCCACUCACCGUCAAAGACAAAACUAAAUUCUACAUUACAACGGCGCAUAGACUCCUCUCCAUUAAUGCCCUUUGAUGGUAACUGCUGCUUUGUUUGGCACCCUACACCAGACCUAUUUAAGAUAUUAUUCAGUCUAGCGACUUGCAGUAGCUGAGACAUGCCUCCCUCCAUAGAGUUUGCUUCAUCCUUAUUCAAAAUAUUUAAAAAAGGGUUUUGCUACAAAGCUUUAAUUACUUAUUCCUGUUAUCCAAGCUUAAUUUACUGUAAUGAUGGUAAUCAUCCCUUGUUUUUUUUAGCUGCAAGCAGUCCCCUAGACAGCCCCCGGAAUGUAUCCACCUGUGCCUCCCUCAACUUCCCAUUCGCUCGCAGGUAUGUUGGGACCCUGCUACACUUAAGCUCUGGAUGUUUAUUUGUGUGGGUUUGUCUGAGUUCUAAGGGCCAUUUUCCUCUACCUUCAGAUCAGACUUACUCUAGAGUAGUAGACCAGUCUUUCUCCACCUCUCUUGCACCUGGUCCUCAUCCUUUGAAAACCAUUUAUGUUAAUCAAACACAGAAAAGCGUUUCGUUAUUGAUUGACCGACCAGUGUCGUUGCACGCACGAGGUCGAGAAACAGUCGGCUCCUCUAAUUCCUCCCCUUCAACGUUUGCUUGCUCGCGUCCCUCUUGCCAUUUGCUGUGGGUUUAACAAUGAUGUCACACUCAACGCAUUGCCAGCAUUUUAGUUCAAAGCAAGGGGAGCAGCCAAAUUACAAAUGCAUCAUGCCUGAUUGCAAGUUAGUUGGUUGAGUCAGAGUGGAGAUCACAUCCUCCCUGCUAGGUUAGCCUGCUCCUCACUCAGCAAGAGGAACUGCCCCUCCCUACCUUCAGGCUAUGCUCAAAUCCUACACUCCAACCCGAGCACUCUGUUCUGCCACCUCUGGUCUCUUGGAACCUCCUACCCCUAUGAGGGGCCGGCUCUUCUCUUUCCUGGCACCCAAAUGGUGGAACAAGCUUCCCCCCAAAGUUAGGGAAGUAUACUGCACAACACUAACACCCUUGCCUUUUUUGCACUAACACUCACGCUUGUCUUUUCUUACUAGCACUGACUUUGUUGAUAAUUGCUUUAUUGAGGAAAAGUUUUACUUACUAUGACUGUGAUAUAUCUUUUUUUCACCUAGCUACCUUAAGAUGAAUGCACUAACUUUAAGUCACUCUGGAUAGUAGCGACUUAACCAUUUUCAACCAAUCUGCUAACCUCACAGCAAGAGGCUUUCUGGUCCAGUGUGGGUCCAUACAGUAGGACACAUUGAUGUAGCUGUGUGUAUGCAGUAGCAGUGCGUGGGUAAAAUCACAGGAAGCCAAGCCAAAAAGAAAAGCCAUAUUACAACCUACAGUGGGGAGAACAAGUAUUUGAUACACUGCCGAUUUUGCAGGUUUUCCUACUUACAAAGCAUGUGGAGGUCUGUAAUUUUUAUUAUAGGUACACUUCAACUGUGAGAGACGGAAUCUAAAACAAAAAUCCAGAAAAUCACAUUGUAUAAUUUUUAAGUAAUUAAUUUGCAUUUUAUUGCAAGUAUUUGAUCACCUACCAACCAGUAAGAAUUCCGGCUCUCACAGACCUGUUAGUUUUUCUUUAAGAAGCCCUCCUGUUCUCCACUCAUUACCUGUAUUAACUGCACCUGUUUGAACUCGUUACCUGUAUAAAAGACACCUGUCCACACACUCAAUCAAACAGACUCCAACCUCUCCACAAUGGCCAAGACCAGAGAGCUGUGUAAGGACAUCAGGGAUAAAAUUGUAGACCUGCACAAGGCUGGGAUGGCCUACAGGACAAUAGGCAAGCAGCUUGGUGAGAAGGCAACAACUGUUGGCGCAAUUAUUAGAGAAUGGAAGAAGUUCAAGAUGACGGUCAAUCACCCUCGGUCUGGGGCUCCAUGCAAGAUCUCACCUUGUGGGGCAUCAAUGAUCAUGAGGAAGGUGAGGGAUCAGCCCAGAACUACACGGCAGGACCUGGUCAAUGACCUGAAGAGACCUGGGACCACAGUCUCAAAGAAAACCAUUAGUAACACACUACACCAUCAUGGAUUAAAAUCCUGCAGCGCACGCAAGGUCCCCCUGCUCAAGCCAGCGCAUGUCCAGGCCCGUCUGAAGUUUGCCAAUGACCAUCUGGAUGAUCCAGAGGAGGAAUGGGAGAAGGUCAUGUGGUCUGAUGAGACAAAUAUAGAGCUUUCUGGUCUAAACUCCACUCGCCUUGUUUGGAGGAAGAAGGAGGAUGAGUACAACCCCAAGAACAUCAUCCCAACCGUGAAGCAUGGAGGUGGAAACAUCAUUCUUUGGGGAUGCUUUUCUGCAAAAAGGACAGGACGACUGCACCGUAUUGAGGGGAGGAUGGAUGGGGCCAUGUAUCGCGAGAUCUUGGCCAACAACCUCCUUCCCUCAGUAAGAGCAUUGAAGAUGGGUCGUGGCUGGGUCUUCCAGCAUGACAACGACCCGAAACACACAGCCAGGGCAACUAAGGAGUGGCUCCGUAAGAAGCAUCUCAAGGUCCUGGAGUGGCCUAGCCAGUCUCCAGACCUGAACCCAAUAGAAAAUCUUUGGAGGGAGCUGAAAGUCCGUACUGCCCAGCGACAGCCCCGAAACCUGAAGGAUCUGGAGAAGGUCUGUAUGGAGGAGUGGGCCAAAAUCCCUGCUGCAGUGUGUGCAAACCUGGUCAAGACCUACAGGAAACGUAUGAUCUCUGUAAUUGCAAACAAAGGUUUCUGUACCAAAUAUUAAGUUCUGCUUUUCUGAUGUAUCAAAUACUUAUGUCAUGCAAUAAAAUGCAAAUUAAUUACUUACAAAUAAUACAAUGUGAUUUUCUGGAUUUUAGUUUUAGAUUCCGUCUCUCACAGUUGAAGUGUACCUAUGAUAAAAAUUACAGACCUCUACAUGCUUUGUAAGUAGGAAAACCUGCAAAAUCGGCAGUGUAUCAAAUACUUGUUCUCCCCACUGUAUGUGUUGUGAUAAUUGCAUUGUUUGCUCUAUAACUUGUUAGUUCAUAUGCCUUGCGACCGUGAUAUACAGUACCAGUCAAAAGUUUGGACACAUCUACUCAGGGGUUUCCUUUAUUUUUACUAUUUCCUACAUUGUAGAAUAAUAGUGAAGACAUCAAAACGAUGAAAUAACACGUAUGGAAUCAUGUAGUAACCAAAAUAGUGUUAAACAAAUCAAAAUAUAUUUUAGAUUCUUCAAAGUAGCCACCAUUUGCCUUGAUGACAGCUUUGCACACUCUUGGCAUUCUCACAACCAGCUUCAUGAGGAGUGCUUUUCCAACAGUCUUGAAGGAGUUCCCACAUAUGCUGAGCACUUGUUGGCUGUUUUUCCUUCACUCUGUGGUCCAACUAAUCUCAAACCAUCUCAACUGGGUCGAGGUCGAGUGAUUGUGGAGGCCAGGUCAUCUGAUUCAGCACUCCAUCACUCUCCUUGGUCAAAUAGCGCUUACACAGCUUGGAGGUGUGUUUUAGGUCAUUGUCCUGUUGAAAAACAAAUGAAAGUCCCACUAAGCGCAAACCAGAUGCGAUGGCGUAUCGCUGCAGAAUGCUGUUGUAGCCAUGCUGGUUAAGUGUGCCUUGAAUUCUAAAUUAAUCACCAACAGUGUCACCAGCAAAGCACCGCCACACGUCCUCCAUGCUUCACGGUGGGAACCACACAUGUGGAGAUCAUCCGUUCACCUACUCUGCGUCUCACAAAGACAUGGGGGUUGGAACAAAAAAUCUCAAAUUUGGACUCAUCAGACCAAAGGACAGAUUUCCACCGGUCUAAUGUCCAUUGCUCGUGUUUCUUGGCCCAAGCAAGUCUCUUCUUCAUAUUGGUGUCCUUUAGUAGUGGUUUGUUUGCAGCAAUUCGACCAUGAAGGCCUGAUUCACGCAGUCUCUCCUGAACAGUUGAUGUUGAGAUGUGUCUAUUACUUGAACUCUGUGAAGCAUUUAUUUGGGCUGCAAUCUGAGGUGAAGUUAACUUUAAUAAACAUAUCCUCUGCAGCAGAAGUAACUCUGUGUUUUCCUUUCCUGUGGCGGUCCUCAUGAGAGCCAGUUUCAUCAUAGCGCUUGAUGGUUUUUGCGACAUUUUCCGGAUUGACUGACCUGUCUUAAAGUAAUGAUGGACGGUCUUUUCUCUUUGCUUAUUUGAGCUGUUCUUGCCAUAAUAUGGACUUGGUCUUUUACCAAAUAGGGCUAUCUUCUGUAUACCAACCCUACCUUGUCACAACACAACUGAUUGGCUCAAACACAUUAAGAAAGAAAUAAAUUCCACAAAUUAACUUUUAGCAAGGCACACCUGUUAAUUGAAAUGCAUUCCAGGUGACUACCUCAUGAAGCUGGUUGAGAAAAUGCCAAGAGUUUGCAAAGCUGUCAUCAAGGCAAAGGGUGGCUACUUUGAAGAAUCUCAAAUAUAAAAUAUAUUUUAAUUUGUUUAACACUUUUUUGGUUACUACAUGAUUCCAUAUGUGUCAUUUCAUAGUUUUGAUGUCUUCACUGUUAUUCUACAGUCGUCAAAAGCUUUGACAAUGACACAAGUAUUGGUCUUCAACGUUUGCUGCUUCAGUGUUUUUAGAUAUUUUUGUCAGAUGUUACUAUGGUAUACUGAAGUAUAAUUACAAGCAUUCCAUAAGUGUCAAAGGCUUUUAUUGAGAAUUACAUUAAGUUUAUGCAAAGAGUCAAUAUUUGCAGUGUUGACCCUUCUUUUUCAAGACCUCUGCAAUCCGUCCUGGCAUGCUGUCAAUUAACUUCUGGGCCACAUCCUGACUGAUGGCAGCCCAUUCUUGCAUAAUCAAUGCUUGGAGUUUGUCAGAAUUUGUGGGUUUUUGUUUGUCCACCCGCCUCUUGAGGAUUGACCACAAGUUCUCAAUGGGAUUAAGGUCUGGGAGUUUCCUGGCCAUGGACCCAAAAUGUCGAUGUUUUGUUCCCUGAGCCACUUAGUUAUCACUUUUGCCUUAUGGCAAGGUGCUACAUCAUGCUGGAAAAGGCAUUGUUCGUUACCAAACUGUUCUUGGAUGGUUGGGAGAAGUUGCUCUCGGAGAAUGUGUUGGUACCAUUCUUUAUUCUUGGCUGUGUUCUUAGGCAAAAUUGGGAGUGAGCCCACUCCCUUGGCUGAGAAGCAACCCCACACAUGAAUGGUCUCAGGAUGCUUUACUGUUGGCAUUACACAGGACUGAUGGUAGCGCUCACCUUGUCUUCUCCGGACAAGCUUUUUUCCGGAUGCCCCAAACAAUCGGAAACGGGAUUCAUCAGAGAAAAUGACUUUACCCCAGUCUUCAGCAGUCCAAUCCCUGUACCUUUUGCAGAAUAUCAGUCUGUCCCUGAUGUUUUUCCUGGAGAGAAGUGGCUUCCUCGCUGCCCUUUUUGACACCAGGCCAUCCUCCAAAAGUAUUUGCCUCACUGUGCUUGCAGAUGCACUCACACCUGCCUGCUGCCACUCCUGAGCAAGCUCUGCACUGGUGGUGCCCCGAUCCCGCAGCUGAAUCAACUUUAGGAGACGGUCCUGGCGCUUGCUGGACUUUCUUGUGCGCCCUGAAGCCUUCUUCACAACAAUUGAACCUCUCUCCUUGAAGUUCUUGAUGAUCCGAUAAAUGGUUGAUUUAGGUGCAAUCCUACUAGCAGCAAUAUCCUUGCCUGUGAAGCCCUUUUUGUGCAAAGCAAUGAUGACGGCAUGUGUUUCCUUGCAGGUAACCAGGGCUAACAGAGGAAGAACAAUGAUUUCAAGCACCACCCUCCUUUUAAAGCUUCCAGUCUGUUAUUCUAAGUCAAUCAGCAUGACAGAGUGAUCUUCAGCCUUGUCCUCGUCAAAACUCUCACCUGUGUUAACGACAUGAUGUCAGCUGGUCCUUUUGUGGCAGGGCUCGCAAGCCUAACUUCCUUUCAUCGGCAACGUUAGUUAGUUAACAUUAGCCUUCUACAUCUAGGUACUGUACAUAUUGAACUUCCAUCCUCUCAGGCCAGGGGCACAAUGUAUGAAUUUAUGGUUGGCUCAGUAUCGCCUUCAUAAUCAUUGGCCAGUACGGCGAAUGAAGUAAAACCAGUAAAAUUAAGUAAAGUCCAAAUCCCUAUCGCCAUCCAUGGCUGAUUUAGGAAAGGGACAAUUUUAGCUUGCUAGCUAGCCACCGGAGGACAACAACACAACGAGAUGCAACAAUUUAUGUAGUUUCUGUCAAUUAAGUAUUGCUCUCGAUGUGAUGUGAUUGUAGGGAAGCCAAAUCCAAACUGGCUUCCCUUGACACUUUUUUUUUUGGUGCGCCAGGACCAUUCAGAGCUGAGUUCACUCAGUUUAGCUCAAUGCUGAUUGGCUAUUAUUUUAUGGUUAUUUUUUUCCAAGGGAUGCCAAAUGUUCGCUGGCUUCCCUUGCGCUCAAAGCAACGGGCGGCAACAAUGUCAUACUCUUUUUGACCAGACAGCAUCAGAUAAAUUGCAUAUACUUACAGAGAGAGAGUGGCGCUUUUUCGCUUGCUCGUGUGCUUACUCCUGUGAGAUACAUUCAGCCUCUUGCGAAUUGAAGGAAAAUUAUGAAACACAGAGAGAUGAAAAUAACUAAUUUUAUGUGAUUUUUUUAUUUUGUACAUUUUUUGGGAAGCCUGCCUUCCCUUGGCAUCCAUGAAUACACGCCACUGUGUGUGUGCAGAGAUGUAUAAAUAUAAAGUAAAUGACUGUUGAUUGAAGUGUGUUGAUAUCUUUACCAUGCGUUUGAUAGAGGUUGUCGUAACGUUCAACUAGGUGCUGCUCCAUCCUUUAAGCUGGAGCGAUUUGUUUUAAGUAGGCUUUCAUCUGAUCCUCCUCAAAAUCACAUUUGGCCAGCAAUGUGCUCGCAGUUACUCAACAUCCCUUAAUUCACGACCCUGGCUUUUCCAGUGCAACCUGUAAACACUUAGAUUCCUGAUGGCAACAGCUGUCUGCAGUCUUCAACAUUGGGUAGAUCCUCUUAAUGUGAAAACAUUGGAAUAAGUCUCUGAUUUAGAAUAAAGGCACAUCACAUUAUUGGUUAUGCAAACCUAGAGAAAUUCAAUUUUUCUUAACCCCCGAUGUGAUAGGAAAAGACAUGGUUUUAUACAAUGUCUCUGGAAAUAGGCUGAAAAAUAUAUCCACUGGACUAGAGCCCCCGUAUAAUGUCAGUUGCCCAUAUCCCUGGUUAUUACAGUAGAAAGAACAAAACUGCUCAGCAAAUUUUUUUGCUCUUCAAAUUCAUGUUGGGCCGGUACUCUCCAAGCUAGACAAAUUAAGACUGACACAUAAGCCAAUUGUGUCAGACUUCAUUCGUCAAAUUAAAUGUCACAGGUCAGUGGUUCACUAUCACAGUCAUGUUCGGUCUAAGCAUGAGACUGUAGAAAGAUGAAGACUUAACCUGUAACAGUUCAAAAUGUUCACCAUCUCUCCCUCUUGCUUCUCUCCUGCUGUCGUGACCUCAGCCACAUGGCUCGCACUGACAGGUAGUUAUUUCGCUUAUCCAAUUGUCCUUCAGUAAGCAUUUCACUGUAAUGUCUGCACCUGUUGUAUUCGGCGCAUGUGGCCAAUAAAAUUUGAUUUGAUUUGAUUCAUGCUUUUCUCAUGCCCUGCUUUAAAUUGAUAACCACAUUUCCUAAAACCAAAAUAUAAAAUCCCCUUUUCUUUCAUCAGCCCAGAUACAUUGUGACACAUAUAAUCCCUCAAUGCAUAUUACAUGAACAACAGAGUAAUAACAAGACACAGCAAAGCUUUGUAGUGCGGGGACGACAUAACGUGUUAUAAGGGAGUUUGGGAGAUGAUAUGCAAAUAUACAAGCUUGCAUAACAAUGUGUGUGUCCGUUUUUCUCCAGAGCGGAAGGCAGAAGAUGGUCGCUGGCGUCCCUCCCCUCUUCCGGCUACGGAACCAAUCCCCCCAGCUCCACCGUCUCUGUAAGUCUCUAAACCUCACCCCGCUCCACUCCCACAGGGGCCAUAUGAAACUGCAGUUUCACAACACCACAUAUACCAUUAAACAAGAUAUGAAUAGGAUAAGAUACAGUAUACAUCUGAGGCUGACAGAGACUAUGUAUGUACACUGUGACCAUGUUACCAGACAGGACAAAUCCUGACUGGAAUUAUCACCUGUCUGAAUGAGUCAUCAUGUUUGACUCCUAGCCUGCGGUGGAUAAUGUCAAUAGGACAUGCAUGUAUUAAGUGUGAUGUGAUGGGCAAAUGUUCUUUAUUUGUCCUUGUAAUAUGAUUUGAUGCUUCGGGCUAAUGUUCUGUAUUUGUGCUCGUAAUAUGAUUUGAUGCUUCGAAGAGCAUUAUCAAUGGUCUGGUGCCUUAGUGGUUCGCACUCAAAUGCCCUCAUCUUAUCUUUUUUUUUUGCCUGUGAAUAUUGUUAGUUGUUAUGCAUUAACAUAAUCAUCAGAAUAAGUUGUGAACAUUAAGCAUUCUAUAAGAGAGAAAGAAAGUGUAGGAGCUCUAUAGCAGUGGAGGCUCCUCAGAGGAGGAAGGGAGGGACCACUGCUCUAUUGCGACUGAUGAGAGAUUAGGACUCUGCUCUUCAUAUGCCCCAACAAACCCUAAACACAAACUCCUCUGCUCACAACUCCACCAGCAUCCACGUUUCUGACAGACAGACUAACUUGGUUCCUUUUCCCCUCUAAACGUCCUCCGUGACACUACUGAGGACGACAUGAGACAAAGUGAAAAAUCAAAGGUCUCCAUUCUGUAGGAGAAAGAUGGUGAGAUGAAAACAGGCCAUGUGUUCCUCCAUUGUGAGGUAGUUUAAUGAGGUAAAACUCGGCACAUGCGGCGAUGUCAGACUGGGACAAUGGCCCUGUCAGUGGUCCUCUUUAUGUGCAGGCAGAAAAGGGGCAUCACUGCUAUUCAGGACUCAUGGGGUGAAAAAUCUGACAGAUUGCCAGGAGCGGCCAGUGUGCGCUUUUCAUAGAAUAAAAAGAUUAACAAAAAGCCUCAAUAGCCGCAAGAAAAAAUAACCGCUCUUGUCCUAAAUACGAUACCGAUCCUCCAUCUUUCAGGAUGAAGUGUUGGCUUUUGAAUGUUAAAAUAUGAUGUCAAACACAGUUCUCUUACAUAUGUCAGUGGGAUCAUGUUUAGAUUUUUUUCAGUGGGCAUUUACCGAGACCAAUGGAACCCUUGAACAAUAUGUAACACAUCCCUGUACUUCUUUUUCUCCAGUCCUCCUCAUCUUCCCAGGAGCGCCUGCACCAGCUGCCCUACCAGCCCACUCAAGACCAACUCCACUUCCUGUUCAAGCACUUCCGCAGCUCAGAGAAUGUGACCGACGAGGAAGCACAACCCUCGCCGUUCAUGCGCCCUCGCUCCCGCAGCCUCAGGUAGCCGCCCGUUACCCCUCGCCUGAACUGUAAUGAGCCGCCCGUUACCCCUCGCCUGAACUGUAAUGAGCCGCCCGUUACCCCUCGCCUGAACUGUAAUGAGCCGCCCGUUACCCCUCGCCUGAACUGUAAUGAGCCGCCCGUUACCCCUCGCCUGAACUGUAAUGAGCCGCCCGUUUCCCCUCGCCUGAACUGUAAUGAGCCGCCCGUUUCCCCUCGCCUGAACUGUAAUGAGCCGCCCGUUUCCCCUCGCCUGAACUGUAAUGAGCCGCCCGUUACCCCUCGCCUGAACUGUAAUGAGCCGCCCGUUUCCCCUCGCCUGAACUGUAAUGAGCCGCCCGUUACCCCUCGCCUGAACUGUAAUGAGCCGCCCGUUACCCAAUUUGCCAAUGUUCAGCACGCCUCAAGUUGACCUCUAGCUAAAGUCACUACUGGGGUUGGGUGGUAUCCAGAUUUUCAUACCGUUCCAACACUAGGUAGCCUAGCGGGCUAUUUUCAUACCGUUCCUGCUUUUAUUUUUUACUUAUCUAUUGUUUACUUAACACUUAUUUUUCUUAGAACUGCAUUGUUGGUUAAGGGCUUGUAAGUAAGCAUUUCACUGUAAGGUCUACACCUGUUGUAUUCGCCGCAUGUGACAAAUAAAAUAUGAUUUGAUUUGGUCAAUAUCUGACACUAGCUGUUGUCUUACCUAAUACUGAAUAGUUUUUUUAAAUCUAAAGUGGCAAAGUAAAACAGGAAAUGAGCUUGGAAGUAAAAUAACAUGUUGAUUUUAGAUGUUUUGAAGGGAUUAGAUUUCAUUUUUUGUCAAGAUGGUACACAAUCACUUUUCCACAAUGAAUCUUUACGUGGGAUGAUCAUUUUGGCCAUUAUUCAAAAUAUUGCACCAACCCAAUAAGAACGGCAGAGCUCUGUCAGUCCAUUUGGUUGGAUUGGAAUAAUAGAAAUUAACCAGCUUUAUGUCCUUUUCUGUUGUAGCCCUGGAAGAACAAUGGGUUCAUUCGAUAAUGAGAUCGUCAUGAUGAACCAUGUUUACAAAGAACGAUUUCCUAAGGUAUGUCAUGCUGUCUCUUCCCCCUUUGUUGUACAAGAGGCAAUGUCUGUUUGUAUUUUCCCCAAUAAGAAAGCUUUCGAGCUCUGAUCUUAUGUAACGAAUCAAAUCAAACUUUGGUGUGUGUUUGUGAAUAAUGUGUGUUUGUUGUCUUUAGGCCACAGCACAGAUGGAGGAGCGCUUGCUGGAUAUCGUCACUACCUGCUCCCCAGACAGCACCCUCCCACUGUCUGACGGCGUACUGGGCUUCAUCCAGCACCAGCUGGUGGAGCUGGUCCGAGACUGUCUGGACAAGUCCCACAUGGGCCUGGUCACCUCGCGCUACUUUGUGGAGUUGCAGGAGAAACUGGAGAAGCUGCUCCAUGAGGUGGGAUAUCCACAUAUCUUUGCGUCUGGGUUUAGCAAUGUGAUCGGCCGAUAACUGUCCAUGAUAUCGAUAGAUAUCUUAGAUUCAACAAUGUGAUUGGCCGAUAACUGUCCAUGAUAUCGAUAGAUAUCUUAGAUUCAACAAUGUGAUCGGCCGAUAACUGUCCAUGGUAUCGAUAGAUAUCUUAGAUUCAAGAAUGUGAUCGGCCGAUAACUCACUCACUUGAGUCUGUUCCCUCAGACUACCCAUUGUUUAAUGAUUUGCUUAUGAUUCUCUGAUGGUAUCAGAGGGAAAAGUUGAUGGCAUUCAAACAAUUCCUGAGGGAUCUUCUGGCUUCUGUCCUUUUGCUUCGGUUCACCAUUCACUAACAGUGACUCAGUGAGCAAAGCCUCAUGCCAACACUGACAAUGAACUUUGCCUGUUACAUCACUUCCUCCCCUCAUUGAUUCUGCUGUCUGUUUAGGAAAGCAUCAACAUAAUUAAACUGUACAUGUAGACAACCCUACCAUAUUAGUGCUGCUGGGUAUAAAUAAACUAGUUGUUCAUCAGUUGAACAUUCAAAUGUGAUCGUGCUGAAUCAAGGGGAAUUGAUUGAGCCAGGCUAAGUGAAACGAAUGGCCAGACACAGUCUCAAGCCCCAAGGCGCACAAUAGAUUUGGAAAUGGAAUUGGGAGUGCGACUGAUCUGUACAGUUUUAUCCAUAUAGAUCCUAUUAAAUUACUAAUGUAUUCUAAUUUACAUUUUAGUCAUUUAGCAGAAUCGAACCCACAACCCUGGCGUUGCAAGCGCCAUGCUCUACCAACUGAGCUCUGGUCUUAUCACUGUUAUGAUAGAAUGGUCAUUUCUAUGGCAACCUCUUCCACCUUUCUCCUGUGUGGACAGCCAGUGUGUGUACUUCCACAUAACAGGCAUGGCAGGGGCACGGCUGAGAUUAUAAAUGUGUUCCCAUACAGUGAAAUAAAUGGUGUCAGCCAGUAUUCUAGCACCGAAAUGUCCUCAACUACGGUAUGGGAAAUGUCAACCUCCUGAGGAAUAGAUAAGUUGUUUUUGGAGGGCAUGUUAGUUGUGUGGUUUCAGUAGUGCAGUUUGUCACCCUACCCAUGUUAAUUCAAGUCAGACGCAACGAUGAUGACUCACUGUUUGAAUCAGGAGGCUCUCGGAACGCACCUGAGGAAUAUUCUCGUUUGUUUAAUGUAACGUCCUCUCUGACGCGUUGUCGUGGGGAUACGCAUGCGUGAAAUAUUUCUGGCCACUUUUUAUCCAUCUGUUCAGGGGGACACAUUACUUUUCGCUUCCCUUUUCUGACAUUCGUCCUCAUUGCGUUGGCUUGUUUGGUAUUUUUUAUUUUUUUUCGAGUCACAGAAACCACUGAGCCUGACUGAGCCCGUCUCAUGUGGUUCCGUGGAGUUGUUUCCAGUGAGUCGUCUUUCCAUGAUGCGCAUCUUUAAUUCAAAAGAGUUAUCUUACUGCACUCUUGCUCUGUGUAGGUGGUUCAUCUAGAUAAGACUUCAGAGCAUUCUCUUCCCUUGAGCUGCCCUUAUUCAAAACUCAGUGUUGCUCUCACCACUCUAACCCUAGCAGACAGUUUGCCUUGAAGGCAGACUCACUUAAUGCAAUGUGUGGUAAAUAGUUAGUCGUCCUCUUUUUGUGCGUGUCUGUACACUGUUAUACAGCUGUCCAGACACUUGCACCUGACCUCAGAAGGACAGCGCAGCAAUCGCCUAAGCUAUUCUGCCUCUUGGUCCUCGUAUACAAAUGAACUAGAACAUUAUUACGCAGCUUAUAUUGGGUAUCCUAUACUGAUGCAUAGUGUAAGGGCUUAAGAUCCAUUGGCUUCCUGAUUUGUGUACUGUAGAACAAUUUAUUAUCUGGAAUUGAUCAUCCACUGAAGUAUGUUCUAACAAGCACAAGUGUUAUUUCUUCCUUUGAAGGCACCAAAGAGAUUUGAAUAGAAACUGCACUGUAUGUGGUCCUGUCCAUGAACAACCCCUAGCGGUUAGCCACUUCCCCCAAGGCAUUUGGGUGGAAUUAUUGCCAUAUUACUUACACUUAUCCAGCCCUCUCAGAUCUACAGAGGUGCCUAUCCACUGUGCACAGACGUCAAUUCAACGUCUAUUCCACGUUGGUUCAAAUGUAAUUUCAUUGAAAUGACGUCGAAACAACCAGUGUGUGCCUAGUGGGUAGGGGCUAGGCGCCCUCAAACUCAACUCUGGACCUCGAAGCCAGUUCCACUGCAUUUUUUUUUCAUUGUUCCCCUCUAAUCAGGGGUUGAUUUAGACCUGGAACACCAGGUGGGUGGAAUUAAUUAUCAGGUAGAACUGAAAACCAGCAGGGUCCGGACCUCGUAAGUUAAGAGUUGAAUACCCCUGGGCUAGGGUUUCUUUCUGGACAGGUCCUAUGUCUGCAAGAAAUGCAUUCUGUGAUCAUGCUGCAUGUAGCUAGGUUGUUUUGGACAUACAGUGGCUUGCGAAAGUAAUCACCCCCUUGGCAUUUUUCCUAUUUUGUUGCCUUACAACCUGGAAUUAAAAUGGAUUUUUGGGGGGUUUGUAUAAUUAGAUUUACACAACAUGCCUACCACUUUCAAGAUGCAAAAUCUAUUUUAUUGUGAAACAAACAAGAAAUAAGACAUAAAACAGAACUUGAGCGUGCAUAACUAUUCACCCCCCCCCCCCCCCCCAAAGUCAAUACUUUGUAGAGCCACCUUUUGCAGCAAUUACAGCUGCAAGUCUCUUGGGGUAUGUCUCUAUAAGCUUGGCACUUCUAGCCACUGGGAUUUUUGCCCAUUCUUCAAGGCAAAACUGCUCCAGCUCCUUCAAGUUGGAUGGGUUCCGCUGGUGUACAGCAAUCUUUAAGUCAUACCACAGAUUCUCAAUUGGAUUGAGGUCUGGGCUUUGACUAGGCCAUUCCAAGACAUUUAAAUGUUUCCCCUUAAACCACUCAAGUGUUGCUUUAGCAGUAUGCUUAGGGUCAUUGUCCUGCUGGAAGGUGAACCUCCAUUCCAGUCUCAAAUCUUUGGAAGACUGAAACAGGUUUCCCUCAAGAAUUUCCCUGUAUUUAGUGUCCAUCAUUCCUUCAAUUCUGACCAGUUUCCCAGUCCCUGCCGAUGAAAAACAUCCCCACAGCAUGAUGCUGCCACCACCAUGCUUCACUGUGGGGAUGGUGUUCUCGGGGUGAUGAGAGGUGUUGGGUUUGCGCCAGACAUAGCGUUUUCCUUGAUGGCCAAAAAGCUCAAUUUUAGUCUCAUCUGACCAGAGUACCUUCUUCCAUAUGUUUGGGGAGUCUCCCACAUGACUUUUGGCAAACACCAAACAUGUUUGCUUAUUUUUUUCUUAAAGCAAUGGCUUUUUUCUGGCCACUCUUCCGUAAAGCCCAGCUCUGUGGCGUGUACGGCUUAAAGUGGUCCUAUGGACAGACACUACAAUCUCCUCUGUGGAGCAUUGCAGCUCCUUCAGGGUUAUCUUUGGUCUCUUUGUUGCCUCUCAGAUUAAUGCCCUCCUUGCCUGGUCCGUGAGUUUUGGUGGGCGGCCCUCUCUUGGCAGGUUUGUUGUGGUGCCAUAUUCUUUCAAUUUUUUAAAUAAUGGAUUUAAUGGUGCUCCGUGGGAUGUUCAAAGUUUCAGAUAUUUUUUUAUAACCCAACCCUGAUCUGUACUUCUCCACAACUUUGUCCCUGACCUGUUUGGAGAGCUCCUUGGUCUUCAUGGUGCCGCUUGCUUGGUGGUGCCCCUUGCUUAGUGGUGUUGCAGACUCUGGGGCCUUUAAGAACAGGUGUAUAUAUACUGAGAUCAUGUGACAGAUCAUGUGACACUUAGAUUGCACACAGGUGGACUUUAUUUAACUAAUUAUGUGACUUCUGAAGGUAAUUGGAUGCACCAGAUCUUAUUUAGGGGCUUCAUAGCAAAAGGGGGUGAAUACAUAUACACGCACCACUUUUCCGUUAUUAAUUUUUUAGAAUUUAUUGAAACAAGUUAAUUUUUCAUUUCACUUCACCAAUUUGGACUAUUUUGUGUAUGUCCAUUACAUGAAAUCCAAAUAAUAAUAAUAAUUAAAAUGUCAGGUUGUAAUGCAACAAAAUAGUAAAAAGUCCAAGGGGGAUGAAUACUUUUGCAAGGCACUGUAGUAUGUUGGCUUUAAUGCUAUGUGGUUGUGCUCUUGCUAUGGUGAAAUAAAUUAAUAGGUUUUUCUGUUUUUGAGCUCUGUGUCUUCAACAAAGUUAAUAAUCUCCAUGUUAUGCUCUGUUAAAAAGCUGACAACAUUUUGUCUUUGCAUUUCAGGCAUACGAUCGCUCAGAGAGCGAGGAGGUAUCCGUCAUCACCCAGCUGGUGAAGAAGAUUCUCAUCAUCAUAUCCCGACCGGCGAGGCUGCUCGAGUGCCUGGUGAGAUGGAAAGAAGGUCUCAUUCUGAUUGAAAAUGAGAUUGAUUCUGUCGAGUGCGAUGGAAAGCCGUCUCUCUUAAUCUGUUGUGUCGAUGGGGGAAGUUUUUUUUUAAACCACUGCAUGGCCAAUAAGCUCUUUCAUGGCUAGGUGAUUUUAUUAACCUUAAUCCGAUUAAAUGUAAUGGGCUUUGGAAUGUGAUUGGCAGGAAUUUGACCCGGAAGAGUUCUAUCAUCUGCUAGAGGCAGCUGAGGGUCAUGCCAAGGAGGGCCAGGGCAUCAAGACGGACAUUCCACGUUACAUCAUCAACCAACUGGGCUUGACUCGCGACCCCCUCAAAGGUAUUGGUACAUCUUUUGCCAUAACAUUGACCUGAAUUUCCCACACUUGAGGCAGACAUCCAGAACCAGUCAAUAUCAUGCGUUGCUGUUCAAUCAUAUCUUUCUCCCCUGCUCUUUUAGAUAUGGUACAGCUUGAACAGUCUGCUCCGUCAAUGACAGUGGAGUUUGAUGAGUCGGUGGAGGUAAGGAGUUAGGCAGCCUGAGAGAGCCCGCAGAAUCAAAUAAACUGGACUUUCAAUUAACAAUAUAGGUCCUGAUAGCAGCUUUGUUUACAUGACUUCAUUUAGUAGUCUGGCUAUGUAAUCAUACUGGCGCCAGUGGGAUAAUGAGUCCCCGGGCACCUUCUGCAUAAUGUGAGCCUCCUAACUUCUCUUGUUGUUUGCACUAUUUGCAGCAGAACAAGUGUCCACAGACACUCACCCCGACGCGAAGGAAACCACUGGAGAGUGACUUUGAAACCAUCAAGCUCAUCAGUAAUGGAGCUUAUGGGUAAGCGCUAAACAGGAAGGUGGUUAACCACACUAAUAACUAAAAAACAUGGACUCCCAAUUAGCUAUUAGCAUACAUGUAUUUACUCUAAAUCAAUGCACUCUGUCACCUCAGCAAUAGUCAGUUAAAGGUUAAAGUUAAAAGGUCAAUGGUAGACUUCUGUCAUGAUCAGUAAACAUUUAGAGAACUACUGAAAAUAAACUACACUUCCACUUACAAUGAAUUAACCUACCCCUGUAGUAAUGGAUUAUCAAUGUGGAGGUCUUUUAUGACAUGGCUCCUGUCCUGUGGCGGUUGGCAGGGCUGUGUACCUGGUCCGACACAGAGACACCCGGCAGCGUUUCGCCAUGAAAAAGAUCAACCGGCAGAACCUAGUCCUGAGGAACCAGAUCCAGCAGGUGUUUGUGGAGCGGGACAUCCUGACCUUCGCCGAGAACCCCUUCGUGGUCUCCAUGUUCUGCUCCUUCGAGACACGACGCCACCUGUGCAUGGUGAUGGAGUAUGUGGAAGGUAAUGUAAUAUGAUAUUCUACCCCAAGAGUGAUAUGUUUAUCAUGACGCUCUCAUUUAUCAUGUUUCUAAAAGAGGGGGACUGAAUGGAAAUAGUUUGAAAGGUGAAUGUGUUCCACCAAUGAUUUCUCGUAGCUAUAGCAUAACAGUUGGUUAUCUCUUGCAGGUGGGGACUGUGCUAACCUGCUGAAGAAUAUGGGCCCCCUUCCUGUGGACAUGACCCGGAUGUACUUUGCUGAGACUGUGCUGGCCUUGGAGUACCUUCACAACUACGGCAUCGUCCAUAGAGACCUCAAACCUGACAAGUGAGUCCAGAAACAGCUUUAAACAUCUUUAAACAGCUCAAGAAAGUGUAGUUUGAACAUUUCUCUCCAUCCCCCCCUGCAGCUUGUUGAUCACCUCUAUGGGCCACAUCAAACUGACCGACUUUGGCCUGUCCAGAGUUGGCCUGAUGAACAUGACUACCAACCUGUAUGAGGGUCACAUGGAGAAAGACACCAGGGAGUUCAUCGACAAACAGGUGAGAGUCAGUGCUGUACCUCUUAAACCUUUAUUUGUCCAUAGGACAAGAAUAUACAGAAAAUGCCAGACACAUGUCUUGAACACAAACGCACACACUUACACCAGGUCAAAUACUUUCAAGUACUGAACCCAGUAUAGGUGUACCAUCUCAUAACUACUGUGUAACUAAAUUCCAAUGUGCAAAAAAUAAAUCUGAAUACACAUGCUAACGGUAUAAUUCAACAUUAUCGGUGUGGUUCUCUAGGUGUGUGGCACCCCAGAGUACAUAGCCCCGGAGGUGAUACUAAGACAGGGCUAUGGGAAGCCAGUAGACUGGUGGGCCAUGGGAGUCAUCCUGUAUGAGUUCCUGGUUGGAUGUGUGCCCUUCUUUGGGGACACGCCUGAGGAACUAUUUGGGCAGGUUGUCAGUGGCAAGUAUCCAUUGAUGGAAUAAAAACAGUGUAUAGGCUUUUUAAAAUGGUGUUUAAAGUGGUGAUCCUCUCAUUAACGUGUGCUUGCCCAAAUGUACAGAUGACAUCAUCUGGCCCGAUGGGGACGAAGCUUUACCUGCAGACGCCCAGGACAUGAUCACACGGCUGCUGAGGCAGAGCCCUCUGGAGCGCCUGGGAACAGGUACGUAAACCACUCAGCUACAUUCCAAUGUCCAUACUAACAUCCCACAUAGAAUUCAUGUUCAAUUUGCACAUAGAAUUAAUGUCCAGUCCCACAUAGAAUUCAUGUCCAGUCCCACAUAGAAUUCAUGUCCAGUCCCACAUAGAAUUCAUGUCCAGUCCCACAUAGAAUUCAUGUCCAGUCCCACAUAGAAUUCAUGUCCAGUCCCACAUAGAAUUCAUGUCCCACAUAGAAUUCAUGUCCAGUCCCACAUAGAAUUCAUGUCCAGUCCCACAUAGAAUUCAUGUCCAGUCCCACAUAGAAUUCAUGUCCAGUCCCACAUAGAAUUCAUGUCCAGUCCCACAUAUAAUUCAUGUCCAAUCCCACGUAGAAUUCAUGACCAAUCCCACGUAAAAUUAAUGUCCAAUCCCACAUAGAAUUAAUGUCCAAUCCCACAUAGAAUUCUUGUCCAAUUGCUUCAUUCUUAGUGGUGCGCUAGUGUAGAUAGUGGAACCAAGCCCUCGUAUUCCAUUUCACUUCAUCCCGGUCUGACGUUUUGCUGUUGGCUAUUGUUCUGAAAUCUGCACACAUGACUGUGAUCUAAAAAUAUAUAUUUUGUUCUAGGAGGAGCACCUGAGGUCAAACAACACCCCUUUUUCUUUCGUCUGGACUGGAACGGGCUACUGCGACAGAAAGCAGAAUUCAUCCCUCAACUGGAAGCGGAGGAUGACACCAGCUACUUUGACAGUACGUGGCAGUCCUUCACAAGUGCUCUUUUUUCAUGUCUUUUUAUUUAUCCUUUAUUUAAUCAGAAAAGUCACAUUGAGAUUUACAGUGGGGGGAAAAAAGUAUUUAGUCAGCCACCAAUUGUGCAAGUUCUCCCACUUAAAAAGAUGAGAGAGGCCUGUAAUUUUCAUCAUAGGUACACGUCAACUAUGACAGACAAAAUGAGAUUUUUUUUUCCAGAAAAUGACAUUGUAGGAUUUUUAAUGAAUUUAUUUGCAAAUUAUGGUGGAAAAUAAGUAUUUGGUCAAUAACAAAAGUUUCUCAAUACUUUGUUAUAAACCCUUUGUUGGCAAUGACACAGGUCAAACGUUUUCUGUAAGUCUUCACAAGGUUUUCACACACUGUUGCUGGUAUUUUGGCCCAAUCCUCCAUGCAGAUCUCCUCUAGAGCAGUGAUGUUUUGGGGCUGUCGCUGGGCAACACAGACUUUCAACUCCCUCCAAAGAUUUUCUAUGGGGUUGAGAUCUGGAGACUGGCUAGGCCACUCCAGGACCUUGAAAUGCUUCUUACGAAGCCACUCCUUCGUUGCCCGGGCGGUGUGUUUGGGAUCAUUGUCAUGCUGAAAGACCCAGCCACGUUUCAUCUUCAAUGCCCUUGCUGAUGGAAGGAGGUUUUCACUCAAAAUCUCACGAUACAUGGCCCCAUUCAUUCUUUCCUUUACACGGAUCAGUCGUCCUGGUCCCUUUGCAGAAAAACAGCCCCAAAGCAUGAUGUUUCCACCCCCAUGCUUCACAGUAGGUAUGGUGUUCUUUGGAUGCAACUCAGCAUUCUUUGUCCUCCAAACACGACGAGUUGAGUUUUUACCAAAAAGUUAUAUUUUGGUUUCAUCUGACCAUAUGACAUUCUCCCAAUCCUCUUCUGGAUCAUCCAAAUGCACUCUAGCAAACUUCAGACGGGCCUGGACAUGUACUGGCUUAAGCAGGGGGACACGUCUGGCACUGCAGGAUUUGAGUCCCUGGCGGCGUAGUGUGUUACUGAUGGUAGGCUUUGUUACUUUGGUCCCAGCUCUCUGCAGGUCAUUCACUAGGUCCCCCCGUGUGGUUCUGGGAUUUUUGCUCACCGUUCUUGUGAUCAUUUUGACCCCACGGGGUGAGAUCUUGCGUGGAGCCCCAGAUCGAGGGAGAUUAUCAGUGGUCUUGUAUGUCUUCCAUUUCCUAAUAAUUGCUCCCACAGUUGAUUUCUUCAAACCAAGCUGCUUACCUAUUGCAGAUUCAGUCUUCCCAGCCUGGUGCAGGUCUACAAUUUUGUUUCUGGUGUCCUUUGACAGCUCUUUGGUCUUGGCCAUAGUGGAGUUUGGAGUGUGACUGUUUGAGGUUGUGGACAAGUGUCUUUUAUACUGAUAACAAGUUCAAACAGGUGCCAUUAAUACAGGUAACGAGUGGAGGACAGAGGAGCCUCUUAAAGAAGAAGUUACAGGUCUGUGAGAGCCAGAAAUCUUGCUUGUUUGUAGGUGACCAAAUACUUAUUUUCCACCAUAAUUUGCAAAUAAAUUCAUAAAAAAUCCUACAAUGUGAUUUUCUGGAUUUUCUUUCCUCAAUUUGUCUGUCAUAGUUGACGUGUACCUAUGAUGAAAAUUACAGGCCUCUCUCAUCUUUUUAAGUGGGAGAACUUGCACAAUUGGUGGCUGACUAAAUACAUUUUUUCCCCACUGUAUAUCUCAAUUCCAAGUGAGCACUGGCAACGAAAGCAGCAUACAUAGGCUGUUCUCCUAUGGGGACAGCUGAAGAACCCUUUUAGGUUCUAGAUAGCACCUAUUUUUUCUAAGAGUGUAUGGCUGCGUUUAGACAGGCAGCCCAAUUCUGGUCUUUUGACCAAUCAGAUCAGCUCUGAAAAAGAGCUGAUGUGAAAAGAUCUGAUGUGAUUGGUCAAAAAUAUCAGAAUUGGGCUGCCUGCGUAAACACAGCCAUACACUCUUAGAAAAAAGGGCGCUAUCUAGAACCUAAAAGGGUUCUUCGGCUGUCCCCCAUAGGAGAACCCUGUUGAAGAACCCUUUUGGUUCCAGGUAGAACUGUUUUGGGUUCCAUGUAGAACCCUUUCCACAGAGGGUUCUACAUGGAACCAAAAAGGGUUCUCCUAUGGGGACAGCCGAAGAACCCUUUUGGAACCUUUUUUUCUAAGAGUGUAUAGUUAUACAUAAAACAUAACAAUGAAUGGAAGUUAAAACAGUGUAAAGGGCAUAAGAUAACUUAAAAGAGCAGGUCUUAUUAAAGAUGCUACACAUAGGAUAAAAAAAAAAUGGUAUUGUAAUUUCAGAAAAUGGCCUUAAUAUAUCUGCAGUAAUAGUGAAAUGAUAGUGUUUCACAAUAUUACUUAAACACCAGUGUUGUGAUUGGCUGUGAUAUUCUCCUAUAGAUUCUUCCCACCGGAGCGGCAUCUUGUCAAAAUGUGAAAGCUGUUUUGACUUUGUGUCUGUGCUGUCUAGUGGAAAUCGCUCUCAUUUCCUGGUUGCAAAAAUUCUACACUGUUUGCUCAAUUUCAGUUUAUGUGAGAAAACAAGCAAUGAAUAGUGUAGGGAAUCGAUGUGAAAUGUUGUUUCUACAGCUGUUUGAAGAUGGUGGACAAAAACCGAAAGUAAAAUGCUCAAGUUCGAGUUUCUGCCAUGUUACAGGGAAAUGGAAUGCGAGGGAGUGGGGAGAUUUGUUUUGAAUGCAGCCUAGUGCUGUUGCAAUUCACCUAGCUUCCACAUGGGGGAGAAUUUGAGAAUUUCUGUGUGUAGCACCUUUAAAACAAAGAUAAAUGUCCUGCUAUUGCCAGUGUACUGUAUCUCCACAGAUUUAGUGAUAUUUGCUCUUCAUCCAGGUCUUGCUGAUUUUAUAUUUUCAUUUGUCAAUUAUGUUGAAUAAAGAUGAUAUGUUUUUCUGAAAUACUGUAAAUGACCCGGUUGGAUAUUAUGGUAUGGUCCCAGUUCCAUGCAUUCUGUGUUGUCAUGUUUUCAGCUCGCUCAGAGCGGUACCACCAUUUAGCCUCGGAUGAGGAUGAUGAAACCAAUGAUGAAGAGUCUUCCCUGGAAAUCCGACAGUUCUCCUCCUGGUCAAACCGCUUCAGCAAGGUUCGGAACAUACCUCUUCAUAUAUUUGUAAUUUUGUCAGAACAGAUAAAUGUCAAUAAUAUUACUAGUUAGUAGAGUAUUUCUCUUUUAAAUAGAAUAAUGACAAAAAUCCUUAAAUCUGUUUUUGUUUGGAGCCAAGUUCACCAAACUCGGCCACCCUAGCAAAUGUGGCUACUCCAUGCUUUCAGCACAGAACAUACAGCAGUACAGAACGUCUGGCCACGCCGUCCAACCUGAGCUUCUCAUCGGACCGCAGCCACAGCGAGGAGGGCUGGGAUGGACGUUUCACACCCUCCCCAGGAGGAGACAUCCAGAGACAGGAACGCCAGCACCAAGAUCGCAGGGGCAGGUGAGCAGAGCCAGGACGAGCUUAUAGCUCUCUCUCUUUCUGUUAGGAUUCUCUGUGUAGUAGUUCAAAUACUUUCUUAUCGGAAGCACUGCAGAACAGUGGGUGAAAGUGCAUAAAAUGAUGAUUAGUUCAGAAAAGUCAACAAAUGUUGCUGAAUAGGGUGUGCAUAAAUGAUGGCUGCACAUGUCCUAAAUGACUGCUAGCUUUAUAUAGGAUAUAAUUUGGUGCUUAUAUCUGUCCUAUUUCACACAUGUAUAAGUGUGUAUUUAAAAGCAUGUGUGAGUUGGAAAAGUUUUUUUUAUCCCAACUCUCCCUGAGACACCGUUGGAGAGUGGGGUCAUGGCCAGAGUCUACCAUUAUUAACGUCGACCCUGGAGCAAUUGGGGUUAAGUGCCUUGCUCAAGGGCACAGCAACAGAUUUCUAACCUUGUUUCGGUUACUGGACCAACGCUCUAACCACUAGGCUACCUGCAGCUUGAUAUAAUGUGUCACCGUCGUUAUGUCCCCUCCUCCUAACUUCCACUGAGGUUGAUGUGUUGCAGCCUGCGCCCACGGACCUCGUCCAGUUCCUCCCAGUCUGAGAGGAGUGCCAGCCCACUGGUGAUGAGCAGCACCCACAGUCUGGAGACCACGCCCCGCUUUGCCUUCUCCACUGAUGAUGAAGGUGAGCUCAGCCGCAAGCCCCUCCCUCCACCCUGCUUCAAGUCUGCACAGCCUUAUGGAAACCAACAGAAAUUGAAACAUUGCCUCAGUGCAGACUGAUAAAAGGGGAAACCGUCAAAACUAUAUACAUCUAGGCACAAACACAGAGUUUACCAAGAGUUUGAGUGUACACGCUUCCUCUUUUGUUUUCAAUGACCUUCCAUCCAGACCAAGUAUUGUGUCUGCAGAGACACUUCAGAGAUAUUGAUAUAUGCCCUUACUCCUGUGCAUUACAGCUGAGGUGGUCGUAUCAAACCUGCAUCGGAUCCGGAUUCGUAGCAACAGCACCGGGGCGAAACACUCUUCCCCCAAGGACCACGGGGCCCCCCGACGCUUUGGGAACCAGCUGGAGACGCCAGACAGACCGAGGCUUGGGGGCAAAGUAGCCAAAUCUGCCUCCGUCUCUGCCCUGUCUCUCAUCAUCACUGCAGGUUAAUACUACUGUCAUGCAAGUUUCCUCUGGACACAGCGGUAAUGGUUCAGAAGCUAAAUAAGUUAGUCAUACAGGGUUGCUGGUCCCCAGCAGGCAAAUAUCACUGAAUAGGGUGUGGAUAUAUGACAGGUGUGUCUGCACAGAGCUAAUAGAUGUUAAGUAAAUGCUAAACAAGAGCAGUCUCUUGUUCUAAAUUCCACCAUUGUCCCAUACUUUUUCUAAUUUCCUGAACAUGAACUCAUCCUUUAUGCACCUUUCCAGACGACAUACCCGGUGGUCUCCAGCCCAGCCCCAUCUUAACGCGCUCCCUCUCGUCCAACCCUUCGUCCCGCGACUCAUCCCCCAGCCGAGACCUGUCGCUUAGCCUCAGCAUCCUGGGGCCACCCAUCGUCAUCCACAGCUCGGGGAAGAAGUACGGCUUCACCAUGCAGGCCAUCCGCGUUUACAUGGGCGACAGCGACAUCUACACCGUGCACCACAUGGUCUCGGUGAGUGCCCCGUACUAUUCUGCUCCAGAAUUAGCCAAUAGUUACAUAAUCAAAGGCUGCAUCACCCCACAAAGACUUUGAGUAAUUGUGAUAAUAAUAAACCACUUUUGUUUUACAGAGUGUGGAAGAUGGCAGCCCAGCCUUUGAGGCAGAACUGAGGGCCGGUGACCUCAUCACUCACGUGAAUGGAGAGUCGGUGCAAGGCCUGGUCCACACAGAGAUGAUGGAGCUGCUUCUGAAGGUACAGAAACAAACACAACCUCAAGCCUAAUGUCAACCUAUACUCACACUCUUUAUGAUAUUAUAAGACCUUUAAUCAAUACUAAUACCUAAUUGGUUUUUGUGAAACACCAAAAGAGUGGCGGCAAGGUGGCCCUUCAGACCACGGCACUGGAGAACACGUCAAUCAAGGUUGGGCCGGCUCGAAAGACCAGCCACAAGGGCAAAAUGGCAAGACGCAGCAAGAAAAGCAAGAGAAGGGACAAUCAGGACAGGUGAGGGA